AUGAUCAAAAUUGCAUCAAUAAUCGUUAUCUUCUUCACGGCGACCGUACUCUCAGGUACCGUACCCACCUACCGUAAUCCUUCCACUCCCUCUCUCUCUCUCUCUCUCUUUUCAGCCUCAAUUGCCAAUGAUACUGAGUGCUACACAAAAAAGUGCACAACUUCCGCCGAUUGUCAAACCCACGGCUACUGUAACACCGAGCGAGGAGUGUGUUGUCGAGGUACCGUACUCCUACAGUAACCCCCCUCAAAAACUACCGUACCCCUUCCAGGCCGUUUCGGCCGAUGCACCAACCCUGGCACACACGUAAUUGUGCCUCAAAUCGAGUGUCGAAGCGACGCGGAUUGCGGCAGUUUGCAUUUUUGUGAUCGGUCCCUGAAAGUGUGUUGUGUCGGUGCGUUUCGGGUUACUGUAGUCGGCCAGCGGUUACUGUAGACCCUUCUUUUCUUGCAGCCGCUUAUACGCCCGAAACGCUGUGCCCACGCGUCGAUAUUGUGUUCAGUUUAGAGCCGGAGUGCCGAAAAGAGUGGGGAAUUCGUUGUCCGACCGGCACCGCCUGUUAUCUGGGUCAUUGUUGUCCGUCGAGUAGGCACCGUACCACCCGUUCCGACCGUACACAAUCGCAGCGCCUCUUCAGACGCCAAAACCGAAAUCGACGGCGCUUUGGUGCCGCUGCUCGGUCCGUUUCUCAGCAAGACUCGGUGUCCGAUCGACGUGCCACGCGGCGCGUUUUGUGAUCCGUCCACGCAAAAACUCGCGUUGAUGGGCAAACUGAAGGCGAGCGGCGCGAGAAACGUGGCAACCGGCAAAUCAUGCAAGAGUAACAGGUAAACGUCUUAAAGGACCAGGGAACCCAAAAAUUUUUUGAUUUUUUUGUGAAAUUUUUUUGUGACUGUUUGAAUUGUCUCUUAUUGCCACUCAUACACUGGUGAAAUGCUGCCUCUCAAAAAUGCCAAUGAACGAAACGGCGUGCAGUUGAAGUUGGGGCCGUGGCCUAGCGCCAAUGGCCUAGAAAUAUGCGCUUCUCGGCCAUUUUAUUUUUUCCGCUUUUUUACCGGUUUUUUUUCCUAAAAUUUCACGGUUUCUCCCAUUUUUCAGUUGAUUGACAUUUGUUCGGCACUUACUUAUUUUUUCACUGCUAAAAAAUUGUUUUCAUUCAGUCGAUACGAAGUCGCGAGUUUUUCGAUUUUAUCGCGAAAAAAAGCGGUAAAAAAGCGGAAAAAAUAAAAUGGCCGAGAAGCGCAUAUUUCUAGGCCAUUGGCGCUAGGCCACGGCCACAACUUCAACUGCACGCCGUUUCGUUCAUUGGCAUUUUUAAUUUCACCAGUGUAUGAGUGGCAAUAAGAGACAAUUCAAACAGUCACAAAAAAAUUUCACAAAAAAAUCAAAAAAUUUUUGGGUUCCCUGGCCCUUUAAAUAAAUGUGAUUUUGUUGUUGUUUCAAACUUUUUUCCCCAGUCAAUGCGGAGCCGGAUACGUCUGCGUGGCCACCAGCACCACACCCACGUGCUUCGAGAAUCCAUUGGUGCGAUGGAGCGCGCCGGGCAACCAGCAAAACAAAAAAAUCGAUAUUUCAGCUAGAAGACGACGACGAAAAUUGGCUGAAUUUCACGCAUCCCGUCUGGAUUUCGUUGAUGAUUUUGGUGCCCGUCGACGUUGUAUUCAUCAUCGUCCUCUGCAUGAUCAACAAACACAAGCGGGCCCAGUUUUUCGCGUUUUAG